GGAUCCAUUCGUUUUGCACAGAAUUGACGAUUUGAAAGUUGCAAGUCCAUGAGAGAAAAGCGGGCGAGGAUGUCGGUGAUUGAAUGGAUGGAUGGAUGUAAUGAUGAACGGAGAGAAGACCGCUCGAUCUCAGCUCGACACAAUCACCGGUUCUCUUCUUCAAAUCUCUUUAUUUAACCCUAAUAAUCGACUUUUCAUCUAUCAAUUUGAAUCAAACACACACAGUUGGGAUCAAAAAUGUCGUGGCAAACUUACGUAGACGAGCAUUUGAUGUGUGACAUCGACGGUAGUGGCCAGCAUCUCACCUCUGCCGCCAUUCUCGGACUCGAUGGUACCGUUUGGGCCCAGAGCUCCAAGUUUCCUCAGUUCAAGCCCGAGGAGAUGAAAAGCAUUAUUGCUGAAUUCAAUGAUGCGGGUACCCUUGCCCCUACGGGUUUAUUCUUUGCAGGCGCAAAGUACAUGGUAAUUCAAGGAGAGCCUGGAGCUGUCAUCCGUGGAAAGAAGGGAGCCGGAGGGAUAUGUAUCAAGAAAACUGGUCAAGCCAUGGUGUUCGGCAUCUAUGACGAGCCUGUAGCUCCAGGUCAAUGCAACAUGGUCGUGGAGAGGUUGGGCGAUUAUCUCAUCGAUCAGGGCAUGUAGACCUCCUCUUCCUCCUCCCGUCAUUAUUCAAUAACGACACUCCUUUUUCUUCUUCCUUCAACGAAUGUGAAGUAGUUUUUUCGUCUACAAAUUUGAUGUUUAUGGAGUCUUGAUCUCCAAUUCCUUGUUAUAUGACUGGUUAUAUGUGUAUUGCGUCGAUUACAUAAGUUCAAUAACUUUUUACUCCGUUCUUGGUGCACAUUAUCGCUCUUGAUGUGUCUGUUGUUUGCAUUUUUACAGUUAUGUUUGGU